GACUUCGUAUUCAUGUUUACGCUCUCCCGUUCACUGAAAGAUAAACGUUCUCCCGUUCCUGUGCUUCCUGUGCGGAACAGUGUAACGUCAUGACCUUUCGUCUCAUGUCCUUAGUUCAGGAUUUCGUUCUGCAGGAAGAAUAUGGGAGACAAAAAGAUACUCAGCAUUGGUUUGGUGUGUCUGGAUAUCAUAAAUGUUGUGGAUAAAUACCCGGAAGAAGAUACUGAUACCAGUUGUUUGUCUCAGAGAUGGCAGAGGGGAGGAAAUGCGUCAAACACGUGCACAGUUUUGUCUCUUCUUGGGGCCCCGUGUGCAUUUAUGGGGUCCUUGGCUCCUGGACCAGUAGCUGACUUCAUCUUGAAUGACUUUCAAAUGUACAAGAUUGACAUCUCUCUUCUUCUGGAGCAUGCUGAUUGCUCCUUUCCAGCUUCUGUAGUAAUCAGCAGUGUGACGACAGGAAGCCGUACAAUUCUGCAUAUGAACAGUUUCAUCGUGGGGGAUUUUGCACAGUGUGGGGUGGACAUAUCUGGUGUGGCUUGGCAGCUGUGGGGUGAGACACCGUGUGCCUGUUGUGUGGUGUGUCCCACCAAGGGCUCUCGCACUGUCGUGCUCUCGGACACAAACUUGCCAGAUGUUUCUGUAGAAGAUUUUUCAAAGGUGGACCUGAGCCAGUACAAGUGGAUCCACUGGGAGGGCCGUAAUGCUGACGAACAAGUGAAGAUGAUUGAGAGGGUGAGAGAGUAUAACAGUAAACAGGAAGAGAAGAACAGAAUCAGCAUCUCUGUGGAAAUCGAGAAGACCAGGGAACCCCUCUAUCAGCUCUUCCCUCUUGGUGAUUUGGUCUUUGUCAGUAAGGAUGUGGCCCAGCACUUUGGGUUUACCUCAUCCGCUGCUGCAUUGAAGGGUAUCUACGGUCGUCUGAGAAAGGGAGCUACCCUAAUUUGUGCCUGGGCAGAAAAGGGAGCGGAUGCCAUGGGUCCCGAUGGUGUAAUUAUCCAUUCAGAUGCAUUCCCACCUGAGAAGCUUGUAGACACGCUUGGAGCAGGAGAUACGUUUAAUGCCUCUGUGAUAUAUUCCCUUUCUAACGGGGGCAGCCUACAGGAUGCUCUCACAUUUGGCUGCCAGAUUGCAGGCAAAAAAUGCGGCAUCCACGGAUAUGAUGGAAUUUUACACUGAACAUGGCGGAGAGGUGCACAGCUGGAAUGUAGUACAGACAUGAAGCAUGCUGAUAAACUUAACUAGCGUUGUAAAACAGUAGUCAUUGUCAAGGCAUGAUGAGGUACUGGAAAAUGGUGCUUCACAUAGAAAAGACUAAUGUAUAUGCAAAGGAUAAGUCUAAAUUAUGGUGGUAUAUCCUACUGAUGUUCUUCUGUAUUAAGAAUUAAUAAAUUGAAGAAAACAA